AUCUAACACCGGGCCCGGGCCCAGGCCGUCUUUGCCCCACUCUACUCUCCUUAAACCCUUCAACAACAGCAAAACCUUUCUGUCUCAGAUGAUCAAAAUCAGAUCACCAAAUUAGGAUUUUGAUUUUGUUUUUGUUUUAUUGCUAAUAAAAAGAUGGCUUUCUUGAGAAGAUUGCAGGCUGUCCGUACUCUAUGUCGAAAUUUUGAGCUUCAAGAAUCUACAUAUCUGCGUGGGAGCUCAAGAAGUUAUUCAAGCACUGUUUUCAAUGUUCCUAAGAAUUACCGUUGGAGCAUUUCUUCUUACUUGUAUAAGGACCAGAAUGCUCUUCCUUGGACUCAUGGAAGUACAUUGACAGUUCAUCCUCUCAUGGCUUCCAAAUUAUUGAUCUUUUGGAAUGACAAAAGGUUUGUAACAACAGCAGCGAAAGCCCCUGCGCAAGGACGGCAGAUGGUUUCUCUUAAAGUGUCCAUGUUGAGCCCUGGAUUCAUAUAUGAACCUUACGCACCUCGUGAAGCAAUGCCAUUUUGGCGGAGAUGGUUUACGAGAAAUGGAUGGAGAAGAACGAAAGAUGAUAUCAUAUUAGAGCUGAAAAGUGCCUACGCCAUUACCAAGUUGAGGAAAACUGGAUAUACAAAACAGAAGUUCUACAAAGAGGCUGUAGAAUUGUAUAAGGAGAUAAACACUUUGGUGGCGAGUGGGGAGAAAACUUCAAUAAGGAAAGCAGUUACUGAGAAUAUGUACUCUGCACUCAAGAAUGAAAUUAAACAAAGGGAAUCCAUGUGGAGUAAGGUGUAUUGGGAAUUGGUUGAGCCAAUUGUUAAGAUACGAACGCUGCGUGCUCGGCUGAUUGGUGUUGACCAAAAGGACCUCAACAAAGUGUUUGUACAGCUUACACUAGAGUUUCUGGCAAAGCAGAAAUUUGAGGCAUAUGAUUCAAAAGGCGCUGUUGUUGCCGGAGAUAAAAAUAAGGAGGUUCUUGUCCGUGACAUCUGGGUAUUUGAAAAAUCUCUCUUUCAUCCUGGAGCUUAUUGGCGACUAUGUGGGCGGAUUAAGGUCUAACCUUGCAUUGCUUGACUUAAGAACUGGUCUACUAUACAGAUGACUUGCCCAAUGAUAAAUUUUGCUGCUCAAUUUUGUAAUUUAUGCAAUGUCUAUGAUAAAUAUUCGUUUUCCUUGUUUUAUGAAUUCAGUUUGAGAUCUGAAUUCAGGGGAAUAAAUUAAUCUUCCUUUGGUACA